AUGCGGCGUCGCGAGCUAGAGUUUGUUGUGGGUGACAGGGUAUUCUUCAAAAUGUCAUCAAUGAAGGGAGUUAUACAGUUUGGUAUAAUGGGUAAGCUUAGCCCUUAUUUCAUUGGCCCUUAUGAAAUUGUGGGAAGAAUUGGAAAGGUGGCUUACGAUUUGAAGUUACCAUCAGAGAUGGUUAUGGUGCAUCUUGUGUUUCACAUUUCGAUGUUGAGAUUGUAUAAACCUGAUCCUUCUCAUGUCUUGAAUCAUGAAGAGAUUGAAAUCAGCGAAAAGUUGUCUUAUGAAGAAGAACCUGUACAAAUUUUAGAUCGACAAGUUAGAAGAUUGAGAACCAAGAUUUAG